AUGGGGCUUUUCGCCGCCGCCCUCGACAAAGUCUGCCAACAAUGCUCGACGCAGUCAAUCUACGUGCUCGCUGGAUUGGGCUUCGCCACGGUCAUUGUCUUGAGCGUCGUGAUCAACGUACUGGGUCAAUUACUGUUCAGAAAUCCAAAUGAACCUCCUGUCGUGUUUCACUGGUUUCCGUUCAUUGGCAACACAAUCAGCUACGGUAUCGACCCGUACAAAUUUUUCUUCGAAAGUCGCAGUAAGUACGGCGACAUCUUCACGUUCAUCCUACUUGGCAAAAAGACCACAGUCUUCUUGGGAACCAAAGGCAACGACUUUAUCUUGAACGCGAAAUUGCGCGAUGUGUGCGCCGAGGAAGUCUACUCACCUCUCACGACACCUGUAUUUGGCAAGCAUGUUGUGUACGACUGCCCUAAUUCCAAGCUCAUGGAACAGAAGAAGUUUGUCAAGUUCGGUUUGACCUCGGAUGCGCUACGUUCCUAUGUUGAAUUGAUCACCAAGGAAGUAAACGAGUACGUUGCGAACGCUAACGCCUUCAAAAAACCCCGCGGAACCAUCGAUGUCGGUAAAAUCAUGGCAGAAAUCACAAUCUAUACCGCUUCUCGAUCGCUACAAGGCAAAGAGGUUCGAGACAAGUUUGACUCGACAUUCGCUGAAUUGUAUCACGACCUUGACAUGGGCUUCGCGCCUAUCAACUUUAUGCUUCCCUGGGCUCCUCUCCCCCACAACCGCAAGCGUGACGCCGCCCAGAAGAAAAUGGCAGAAACUUACAUGGAAAUCAUCCAAAAGCGUCGUCAAGCGGGAGGAGAGAAGGAUUCUGAGGAUAUGGUCUGGAACUUGAUGUCUUGUGUCUACAAGGAUGGCACCCCGGUCCCCGAUAUUGAGGUUGCCCAUAUGAUGAUCGCUCUGUUGAUGGCCGGUCAACACUCUUCGUCUUCCACCAUUUCUUGGAUUGUUCUUCGACUAGCCUCGCAACCCAAGAUCACCGAACAGUUGUACCAGGAGCAAAUCCGAGUUCUAGGAGCCGAUCUCCCCCCGCUUACCCAUGAGAACUUGCAAAAACUCGAACUUCAAGCCAACGUCAUCAAAGAAACUCUUCGUCUACAUGCGCCGAUUCAUUCCAUCCUCCGUGCUGUCAAGAGCCCCCUUCAAAUUGAAGGUACUCCGUACGUCAUUCCUACCUCCCACAACGUUCUCUCGUCCCCCGGAGUCACUGCACGAUCCCCUGAGCAUUUCUCCGAGCCUUUGGACUGGGACCCUCACCGAUGGGAUGGUGUCAAGGCCACCGAGGAUGACGAGCAAAUUGACUAUGGCUAUGGUCUUAUCAGCAAAGGUGCUGGAAGCCCCUACCUGCCUUUUGGAGCUGGACGUCACCGUUGCAUCGGUGAGCAAUUUGCCUAUGUUCAAUUGGGUGCCAUCUGUGCGGCAUUGGUUAGACAGCUUAAGUUCACGAACUUGCCAAAUGUUGAAGGUGUUCCGGCAACUGAUUACUCUUCAUUAUUCUCAAGACCCUGGGCGAACUCUGUCGUUCAAUACGAGAGAAGAGAUGCGACUACCAAGGCCUGA